AUGGUGGAUAAGGCCCUACAAAACUGGGGUACCUGCUCCGAGAAAUUGAUCGGUAUGGAUCGGCAACCACUAAACCCCUCUGUGUCUUAUUCCCGUCAAUCGCCACAGUCCCAUUCGCUGCCAGACCCGGGUUUACAGAGCAUGCUCGAUAUUAAUGUCGCUGGCAGCGGGCUACCUGGAGACACCUCCGCUGAUUGGGAUCCUUUGAAUAAUUUCUAUUUCUGUUCAUCCGAGCCUGCCAAUCUAGAAUGGAAUGAUUGGGUUGGUUUUGAAACACUACAAGCUCCCUCAACUGCGGGUGAAGAGCAAAGCAAUGCAUAUCUACAGAUAUCGGAAAUGCCAAGCGCUCCAGCCAUUCCCCAAACAGUUGGAAUCACAGAAUUUGGAGUACCAACUCGAAAUUUGACCAACGUCUCUCAAUGGCUGGACGGGGCUUAUCGCCCUCCGAUAUCCUGCAGUCAUUGUCGCAAACAUCGACUACAGUGUCUGAUCAUUCGAACAACAGCGGCAAAUCCAAAUCCAGUAACAUCCUGUUCAAGUUGUGUGGCUCUUUUUCGGGAAUGUAGCCUUGCAAAAGGAGAGAAACGUCUGCCGUCUGGCUUCGAGACCUUUUCACCCGGUGAAAUUUUUCCUUCUGUUGCAGAAAACAAAGAGGAACAAAAGGAAUCAAAACAAUUCGUACGAAAAGGAGCUCGAAUUCUGCGAGAAUGGUUUCACCAGCGCCAAGAGCUCCCUUAUCCAAGUGAAGAGGAAAAGAUCCAACUUUCACGAGAGACUGGAUUUUCACAGAAGCGCAUAUCAACAUGGUUUGCAAAUGCUCGCCGGCGGCAAAAGCAAAAACUCCAAUCAUCCAACUUGGGCUCGGCCUCCUAUAAUCGCGCCGGUUCGCCCCUGGUGACGAGUACUCUGAGUUCUAUGACCCCUAUGGAGCGCUGGCAAGCAUCACCUCCAGAAGAUGACCAUAUCCCGGAGUCCGCCAUUCAACAUGCUAUCGCUUCCGAGCCGUUUGACGCUGCUUCUAUGUUGGACUUGUCUACUAUGGACUUCUUCAAUUUUGAUGAAUCAUCAUCUCACCUGGCUUCUUCGGUAUCAAGUUUUGGAAGCAAGGCAUCGGAAACUUCAGGCAGCGUUUCGUCGGCGUGGAGUCACCAAUCUGGCAGGGAUGGAGGCAUGUCAUUUUCGCCUCUCCCUAAUAGUUCGCGAAAUCGGCGACGACAUAAGCGACAGCGAUCAACAGGAGAUGGCAAUCAAUACCAGUGUACUUUCUGCACACAAUUCUUCAGAAAGCGGCAUGAUUGGCUACGACAUGAGAAGAGUGUUCAUCUUCGACUCGAUUCAUGGAUCUGCACACCGAAUCUCAUCGAACUAGAACAGGAUUGGAGCGCACCUAUUGACGAAUGUCGAUUUUGCACGGCCCCUUUUCCUUCGGCCGCACAUUUCGAAGAGCAUGAGUUUCAUGUUUGUGCUGAAAAGCCCGUACCGGACCGUACCUUCAGUCGAAAGGACUACUUAUGGCAGCAUCUGCGGAAAUUCCAUGGCUGCACUAAACUUCCUGUGGCCGACCUUCACGCAUGGCGUAGAUCGGGGUCGAAUGUGCAAAGCCGGUGUGGAUUUUGCGGUAUUUCUCUUUCCACCUGGACUGCACGAUCUGAACACUUGUCUGAGCAUUUUAAAAAUGGCGCCCGCAUGGAGCAAUGGGAAGGCGAUUGGGGACUUAACCCAGCAGUCUUGAGUAACCUACGAAAUGCUGUCUUGCCGGGUCAAAGGGCUUCGGCGAGUCCAACUACUUGA